AGAUAGACAUAAAUAAUUAAAAGUCAGUGCGUUUUUAAGAUGACACUAGCUUUUUUACACAAACAUUAAAGUGUGUUUGAAGUUGCACGUACAAGUUACAGAGUAAUAGCUAGUUUUCUAAACUAGUGGUUCAAACAGUUUCUAUGAACUCUCUUUAGAGAGAAAGUACUUAAUGAACGUUACACCAACAAAGUUUAACAAAGCAGAUUAAUAAAUGAAAUACUUCCAGUGUUUAUAUGAAGGUAAGCAGUCAUAACAACAAUGGUUGCAUGCUCUUCUUUUUAUUUUCUGUUACAGCUUAGGAGAAGGAGGAAUGGGGUACUCAACUAGCUUUUUCAGAUAAACACACUUAAACAUUGGGGUUUGCCUUGAGAAGAAAAGUCUAAUUUCGAACAUAACUUUUAAAAUUAUCCCAAGUAGAUUCACGGCUGAGACUUGGCAUCUUCUAAAAUAAAACAGUAAGCCCUACAGAACCAUCACCAUGACUUAGGUGGCUUGGGCUUUAUCCUGCUACCAGGCACUCAAAGUGGAGCCUGUGUGCACAGGCAUGGUGCCAGAUUCAGCCCUGUGAUGGGCAAGGCAUCUCAUGGCCUUGCCUGUGCUACCCCUCGCAGACAACCUUAUCACCUCCUGCUUCUCACUGGGCCCUCUGCACUGAUGCACGCCCAGCUCACCACCUCGCUGUGCCCAAUGAUUACUGAAAAGCCAACUAAAGCCAUUUCUCCCACCACCCUGGCUCUGCUGUGGAUGUGUGGGAUUGUUCCCUGGAUGGGAAUGCACAGCACUGCUUGUGCUGUGCUCACCCUUGGCUCACAGUUUUCCUUUCCCCCAUGGCAUGCAGGCUCGAGGCAAACUUAAGACCAGCCUGAAACACUUUUUCCCCCUGCAAUGUUGCCCUCUACUCUUAUGUCAUUAAAAUUCUCAAUUUAUAAGCUAAAAUUUUCAGUCCCACAGGCCAGACUACAAUGUAAAAGAAUGACCUCAGUGUGAAAAGGUAACACUUUCUUCUCUGAUACAUACAGUUUUAAUGCUGAUAACCGUUGCCCCUAACUUUAAUUGUUAUUUCUGUGACUGUUUUUCUUUUGUCUUCCAUUCUCCUACUGCUUUGCACCUCCUUUGCAUUCACUACUACUUUAUUUCAUUCAAGAAACUGUAGGUAGCUUUUCUCUGGAGACUGAAAAAUAUUAAGGUAGACUUAUCUAAACAAUAUCUGAUUGCAGUUAAGCUCAUUUCUUGUACUAAAUGAGCUCUUUAGUUUAGAAUUUGCUGUAAUAAAUGUCUGUUUUAUUCCAAAUAAAAAUAAUGACCUGCUCCCUCCUAGGAGAGAGUUGCCCUCGAGAAUUCAUUAGGACACUAGCUGGGUGAGGGUCCCUGAGGAGUGAAGUUACUUGUCCUUUCGCUUUAUGCUUCCCAGCGCUCACGCUCCAGGAGGACCCAUUAGCCUCCUAAUGCACAUCCUGUUUUGCUUAUUGCUUUAUUAAUAUUGGGCUCAAAAUGAAGAGCAGAUGUUGCCCAAAAAUGACAGCAGAAGUGUUAGACUAAAGCGGAAAGAAGACAAGUGUGUAGAUUUAUUGUGUUUGUGGCAUAGCCUUGAGUGGAAAACCUGGCUAGAAAUGUCAAACAUUGAAGAAAAAGCAGAGCUAUCAAUUCACACCACCCUUCAGCUGUGUUUUUCCUGCUUCAUUGCCUGGAACAGACCAGGCUGAGGCACCUUGUUUGGUGUUAGCAGUUCCCUGGGCUAGCAAGUACACAUAAGGACCCAAAUCCACCAUAACUAAAGUGUGACCUUAAAAAGAUGGUAUCUUUGCAGAUUUUACCUCCUCUUCUGAAACUUAAAGACCACAUGACAGUAAGCCAGCCUGAGCUGCUGCACAGCUCUCCCCCUCUGCUGAUGCUUGUCAUCUCUCUGCCAGGAGGCUGUGCCCCUCAAAGAACAGUGCUGUGGGAAUGUCCAGGGCAGCCCACAUGGGAAGGAGUUUGUCAGCUAGGAAUUUAUGCAGGCACUAUUAAGAUGAAGGGCCUGUCUCCUACUAGUCCUAACAGUGUUUCUCACUAACUUGUGCUUGAAGGAUAGCAGAUAUUUAAAAUUCAUGAUGGUGAAAAUUCAAAAGCUGAAAAGUUUGUGUAAGUAUUAUACGUUUAGGUUUUAUCGUGAACUUGGGUACCAGUGAUCCACCUUCUAUAAUCAACCUGUCAAGUGAAGAGAGUACUACUGAUUUCCCAUUCAUCUCUUGGCACUGGAUGCUCAUACCCACUGCAGACUACAAAUACUCUCUUUGCUCAGCUAACCUGUUACUUAAGUAUUCCAAACCAAAAGUAAACAUGGAAGUCAGGCAUUUUGACAGCUGUAAUCAGCUGGAGCAACUUCCUGAAACAAACACCUUUACCUAGUCCUAAGGACAAUUUUAUCUUUUGAUAGAUUUGUCACUGCAGAAAUAAUUGACACUGUACCUCUUUGCAACUGCUGUGAAGGCUGUGAAUGCUACACCCUUAUACUUUCCCAUGGGAUUGGAGAAUACUUUUGUUAUAUCUACUGUUAUUCUGUGAUCUCAUGAAAUUCUUUGCUUUAGACAAUAAUGCCUAGGGAUCCUGGUAGUAGAACAAGAUCCCAAAGAUGAUGUUAAAUACACGAUCCAGAAAGCUUAUAAACUGCAGUUAUUGGUUCUUUUACUAGUUCAAGUGCAAUGGAGUUACUGAAGUUUAAUGGGUUACUAUGUACCAGCUGAACUAUGCGUGUGUUCUUAGGGAUGGCUCGAUGAGAUGACUGGGUCGAAUUAAGACAUUGUUGUUGUUGAAACGAGGUCUAUCCUUUCUUUCUCUUCCCCAGCGGACUUCCUGCACAUAAAAGCAGCAAAAAAGGUCUCUUUCCCUUCGACCAGUUUCGUGCCGCCUCUCUGAGCUGAACCACUUUACUAAGGACUAAGCUGAGUGCCAAAGCUGGCAUGAAGGAAACUGUGACCCUGAGGGACUGACAGCAGAAGAGGAACAAAACCAAGAGAGGAGCUGCAGUAAAAGAAAGCUGUGGGAUGAUGAGACAGAAGAAACUGUCAGGGACCUUAUGAGGGGCCUCCACUGAGAUGGAGAAUGAUUGAGAUGAGUUUUUCAAGGAUUGUUGAAAACCUGAAUUGAAGAGAACUCUAAAACUACAUGCCUAGACAAUCACUGAACUCGAGGUAACUUAUCAACAGCGGAAAUACGGUGAAAACCUAGGAAAAAACAAGUAUUGUUUUGGCUGUGUUGGGUUUGAGUUAUCUGAAGGCUAAGCAAGUACAAAGAGGUAUCAAACACAAGUUUGAUAGAAGUUGAAAAUUAUAUUCUAUGAAAUUAUCAUAAUUAUAAAUAAAUAACAAAAGUAAUGAGUCAGUCUAAACCACUUUAGUUUUUAAGGAGGGGAAGAAAAUCAAAGGUAAAUCCUCUAUCCUGCCAGAAAAGCAGUAGCUAUUCAGAAAUGUAUAGGAUAUUCUAUGUCUUUAAUGUAUUUCUUGACAUUAUUUUAUGGUAAAACAUAGGGCAAAAAGAGGAAUACCUCAUCAGUUCAAGCUCCACCAAAUCACAACUAAUGUAAUGCUUCAUAGUACUAUCUAACUUAGCUUAGUACUGGGGCUUUAUAAACAGAGACUUCAGAGGAAAAAUAAAACUAACAGUGCGAUUCAGGAUACUACACAAAUUGAGAGAAGGAGGUUAAGAAGAAACUCUGUGAGGAGUAAACUCGAAAGUACUUUGCCCAGUUUUGUGCGCGUUUACCAUUUCUGAAGGUGGUUCCUAUUGGAGAAACGAGCCUGGAGAAAACGGAUCACCGGGUGGCCCAGCCUUCUGUUCGCCUAAACAAAUAAACACUCCUUUGUCCCUUCUCACUUUUCAGCACAAGCUGUAUCUCAGGUCUCCCCUCCCGGACAUUUAAUUGGUUUUAGAAACCACGGUGCAACACCACGGAGCAUCCCAAACGCCGCCCGGGACUGACACCCGUGCUCGCUGCCUCUCCCAGCCCCGGGGGCGCAGCCGCAGCCCCCCGGCCGUGCCCCGGUUCCCCGCGGGUGGCGAGGAGGGGUCGGCGGGGAUGCGAGCGCCCGGCGGCGGGCGCGCCUGCGCUCCUCCCGGGAGGCGGCCGAGGGGCACCCGGCGCUGGGGGACGGGUGGGAGCUCGGCUCCGGGCGCGGUGAGUGGCUCCGCGUUUCUCCCCCGCGGCGGCCGGGAGGAGGGAGCCCGGCGCACCCCCCCCGGGGCGGGGGCAGAGCCGCGGUUGCCGGGGCUGCCGCUGCCUCCCCGCCCGCCCCUCCGCCGGCUCGUACCGGCAGACAAAAGCGGACAAAGGAGGCAAAAGGCGUGUUCCGCCGCCGGGUAGGCAGGGCCGGGCACCGCUCGGCGAUCGCGGGGGAACCCGGGGCGAGCCGGGGCCGCGGGGUCAGCCCCGGGGCGCCGCCUGCGGCUUCGUUCCCCCUCUUCCCCGCCCGCUGCCGCUCCCCGGGCCGGCGGCUCGUAGCGGAGUAUUUAUUUCGGCGUGUUUAUUUUUAGGCUGGAAAAUAAAAGGCUCGGCACGGCGACCUUUGGCUGUCGCAUCCGGCGCCAAACGAACGGGUCGCGCUCCGGCCGAGCCCCGCGGCCGAGCCCGUCCCCGCUCUUAUAGCCACAGCGACCUGCGGAGCUCCGGGAGAGCGGAGGAUGCGGGCGGGCGGCUGCUGAGCAUGCGGCGGCGGCGAGCGGGACCCGCCGGGCAGCGGGGACGCCUCGGCGUGCGGGCGGCCCCUCGAGCGACCCGAGGGAGGAUGGAGCCACAAAGGACUCUGGCUGGCACGUGCGGCGGGGCGGCCGGCGGCCGCGGCUAGGGCCACCCCCUGCCCUCCCUCCCUCUCUCCCUCCUCCCCUCCCCGCGAUGCUGCGCUCCCGCCGGGCCCCUCCGCUCGCUCGGCGCGCGGCGAUGCAGGCGGCCGGGCUGCUCUGAGCCCGCGGCAUGGCCUCGGCGGGGACCCCCGGGGCGGAGCGGCCGGCCGAGACGCCGCGCUGCCGCAGCCUCCCCGCGCUCGGCGGGGCGGUGCCGCGGGGCCGCGGGGGCGCGCUCGGCUCCCCCCUGGCGGCCGGGGGGGUCGGCGGCGCCCCGCGGAGCUGCGCCGCGGCUCCGGCGCCCCGGGACGGGCGGGGCGAGGCCGCCGCCGGGGAUGCCCGGCGCCCCCCGCGGAGCUCGGAGAGCGGGGUGUCCCCGGGUCCCCCGCUGGGGCUGCGGGCGCCCGCGGUGCUGCUGGCGGCGCCCCCGGGGGGAGCGUGCCUGCGGGCUGUGCUGGAGGACUCGCGCUUCUUCUUGGUGUGCAUGUGCUUCCUGACCUUCAUCCAGUCCCUCAUGGUCUCCGGCUACCUGAGCAGCGUCAUCACCACCAUCGAGCGAAGAUACAGCCUCAAGAGCUCGGAGUCGGGGCUGCUGGUCAGCUGCUUCGACAUCGGGAGCCUGGUGGUGGUGGUCUUCAUCAGCUACUUCGGGGGGCGCGGGCGGAGGCCGCUCUGGCUGGCCGUCGGGGGGUUCUUCAUCGCCCUGGGGGCUGCACUCUUCUCCUUACCUCACUUCAUCUCCCCGCCGUACCAGAUCCAGGAGCUGAACUCCUCCGUCAGUAACGACGGCUUGUGCGUGACUGGCAAUGGCACUGCCAAAGAGCAGUGGGACUCCUCGGCCUGCGUUAAGGACUCCGGGGGAAACGACCACUCUCUCUAUGUAGCUUUAUUCAUUUGUGCCCAGAUCCUCAUCGGCAUGGGCUCGACACCCAUCUACACCUUGGGACCAACCUACUUGGAUGACAAUGUCAAGAAAGAAAACGCCUCGCUUUACCUAGCCAUCAUGUACGUAAUGGGAGCACUUGGUCCUGCAGCUGGAUACUUGCUAGGAGGACUUCUUAUUGGUUUCUAUGUUGAUCCUAGAACUACAGUUUAUAUUGACCAGAGUGAUCCCCGAUUCAUUGGAAACUGGUGGAGUGGAUUUCUCCUUUGUGCCAUUGCAAUGCUCCUUGUGAUAUUUCCCAUGUUUACCUUUCCAAAAAAGCUCCCUCCUCGACAUAAAAAAAAGAAAAAGAAAAAGAAGGCAAACUCUGAUGAUGUUUCCAGUGAUGAUGAAGUCAUGAAAGAGAAAACGAAUAGCAAAAUACAAGCAGACAGUGCAGUUCCUGCCUCUAUGGGAUUUGGAAAGAAUGUGAAAGAGCUUCCAAGAGCAGCUGUCAGGAUCUUAAGCAACAUGACAUUCCUUUUUGUGAGUUUGUCAUACACAGCUGAGAGUGCCAUUGUCACAGCUUUUAUUACCUUCAUUCCCAAGUUCAUCGAGUCACAGUUUGGCAUCCCAGCUUCCAAUGCCAGCAUCUACACUGGUGUGAUUAUUGUCCCAAGUGCUGGUGUUGGUAUUGUCCUAGGUGGCUAUAUUAUAAAAAAACUGAAACUUGGUGCGAGAGAGUCUGCAAAGUUGGCUAUGAUCUGCAGUGGUGUGUCUUUGCUCUGCUUUUCAACUCUUUUCAUUGUUGGAUGUGAAAGCAUUAAUCUAGGGGGAAUAAAUAUACCUUACACAACUGGUCCCACUCUUGCCAUGGCCCACAGGAAUCUGACUGGGAGCUGUAAUGUUAACUGUGGAUGUAAGAUUCAUGAGUACGAGCCUGUCUGUGGAUCAGAUGGAAUAACAUAUUUUAAUCCUUGCCUAGCUGGCUGCAUCAAUGGUGGAAACCAUAGCACAGGGGUAAGAAAUUACACAGAAUGUGCCUGUGUCCAGAGUCGCCAGGUGAUCACUCCGCCGACGGUGGGCCAGCGCAGUCAACUCCGGCUGGUUAUUGUCAAAACCUACCUAAAUGAGAAUGGCUACGCUGUUUCUGGGAAGUGUGAUCGAACCUGCAACACGCUUAUCCCAUUCCUGAUAUUUCUUUUCAUUGUUACCCUUAUAACAGCAUGUGCCCAGCCAUCAGCAAUCAUAGUGACACUCAGGUCUGUGGAAGAUGGGGAGCGGCCCUUUGCGCUAGGAAUGCAGUUCGUUUUAUUAAGAACUCUUGCUUACAUUCCCACUCCAAUUUAUUUUGGGGCUGUUAUUGACACCACGUGCAUGCUUUGGCAACAGGAUUGCGGCGUACAAGGAUCUUGCUGGGAAUACGAUGUCACCUCGUUUCGUUUUGUCUACUUUGGAUUGGCAGCUGCUCUUAAGUUCGUGGGAUUCUUUUUUAUUUUCCUGGCCUGGUAUUCCAUUAAGUGUAAAGAAGAGCAACUGCAGAGACGGAGAUGGAGGGCUUCACCGGUGAACACUGUGAGUGAGAUGGUUGGCCAAGCUGGACCCCAACAAAACUAUGCACGGACUAGAUCUUGCCCUACCUUCAGUUCCCGAGGAGACAUCAGUGUGACACAAGGAAUGAACUGUGUAGCACAGACAUACCCCGGCCCUUUUUCAGAAGCAAUAAGUUCCUCGAAUGAAAAUGCAUUGGAAGAAGUCACUGCUGAGCUAUAGACCCCCGGCUUGGUAAUGUAAUAUUUAGUUUUGUUGGUUGACUUAAUUACGGCGCCUUGAUAAACACCUGUGCCUUCUAUUUUUAAUCUAAAUGUAACACAUGAUGAAACCAACAAAGCUUAAUGCAAGCAACCAUAGUAUGUUCCUGAGGGCUGGAUACCUCAAACCAACCCACAUUCUUAUUUCUCCACUCCCGACAAUGGAAUUUUAAAAAUUGUGUUUGUAAUUAUUUCAGAUGUGUCCAUUAAAUGUCCAUGCUCUGAUCUAAUAUCAGUGUAAGGAUGAGGUAUUAUGAACAGCAGAAGUCAGUGGAAGAGUGACAAAAACUCAUAUCGUUGAUGUCCAGACAUAACAAAAAUGCUUAGAUGAAAUGUAUUGUCAACUUCAUAUCCACAAAUUGUAUUUUUAAGAGAUAAGUAAUUACUGUGAGUUUUGCUACCAAGCACAACUGAACUUGUUUAAACUAUGCAACUUAGUUGGAUAAUUGUAUGUGCAGCAAAUUAAGCUUAAAGUUCGCUUUUAAAGACAUUACUGCAACUGAAUUUGAAAGGGACUCUUUUCAGACAUAACCAUUACAUUAAAAAAGAAUUUAUGGUUUGAGGUACUGUUAAUAACAUAUUGAGCCAUGCAAAACUAAUGCAUCAGGUAAUGUUUGCAAUGUUCAGUCGUAAUAUCUUUAUCCUGUCAAAAUGUGCAUUAAUUUUCAUUUGGUGGGUUGUAGUCAUUCUUCACAAAGUACACAGGCUAGGAAAGUAUAAUACUUCAGUAUUAAUUUAUAAUAACAUUAAGAAGUAGGAAUCAUACACACAUAUCAGAGCUGAUAUGUGCACAUUUCUGUAAUGUUAUUUGCGUAGCAAAUCCAGCACCAAAUCCAUACUUUUCCUGAAGAAGAAGAAAACCAGUUACAGCUUGCCAGGAAGAGUUUGUAUGUCCCUCAGAAACGUGUGCCAGUCUAGUUCAGCUUUGGUGAAAAAGUGUUGAGGGAGACCUAGUGGCCUUGUUUUGUGUCUGAGCAGCUGCCUGGAACCUGGUGAGCCUCUUGCAGCCAGUGAUGGCACGGGGCUCAGGAUGGCACUGCUCGCUACCUGCUGCACGAGUGAGCAGAGAAACCUUCAAGCGGGCUGCAAGCAGCCUGCCUGCUGCGGUGCCUGGUGCAAGGCAUUCGUCUCCACUCCUGUGCUGUCCUCCCUGCCACCACGGACACCGAGGGAGUGCCAGCUCAGACCCAGGAUCCCUCUUGUUUCAGCUCCUCUUCUGCCUCUCCUGCUACCUGGUGCUGGGCACUCUCCUUUGCCCUUCCAGGGGAAGAGCCAAGAAUAGAAAUUGUCUGCAGGCAUGGACCCAUGGGACAUGAUGUGGCCUUUGCUUAUUCCAAAUUACUGUACCGUGUUUUCUCCCCAGGAGAUGCUGAGACUUUCUAAUCAAGUGUACUUGGCAUUUCAUUUCUUGCUCUGGAGGCUUUGUAGUGCCAUGCUUAUGAUGUACUAAUGAUGUCUCAAAGGGCAGAGAAUGAUUUCAGGUGUACACUAAGAAGUCAAAGCUGUUUUUUGCCCUGCAGGGAAAGUCUUAGAAGUUUAGGAAAUUAAAAGCACUCUUUUUAGAGGACUUGGUGAUAGUCAGGUUUGGAUUUUGCCAUGUAGAGAGCUUGCGUGAAAGUAAAGAGCAGACCUUCUACAUAUUUUUUAACAGAGUUAUUCCUGGUUUAAUUUUUAAUUUAUAAUAUGUAAGUUUAUGAAACAUUAUAUAGAACCAAAUCCUUGAAAUUAAAGGCAGUACUGUCCUUGGCAUCCAUUGGAUUGGUCUAGGAAGAAUAGAUUUCCCUUUCCUCCUUUGCUGGCUGCCUUUUCUCAUCUUCUGUCUCUUCAAGCAUUUCUCCUGCUUGAAAUGGUAGCUGCUUAUUUCAGAAUAUCUCAGCCCACUUAUGUGGCUUCUAAUGAUUCCCACUUCUCUGUCUGCCAACUCAGAUGCUUCUACCCCCAACUACAACAGAGGUAUAUUGUUUUAACCACCUCCUGCUAUUCUGUACAUAUGAAUAGCUUUUUGAGGUCAAGCAGGAAAUAUUUUUUCUCUUGUGCAGCCACCAGGUACGAUACAUCCACAGUCAGCAUGUGCCACCUGAGAUGUUAGCUUCUACACUUCUCAUAUUAGUAAAUAAAUAAUUUUCCUUGUCGCAAAGGUAUUUGGUAUACCAUUUAUUUGUCAUAGGAGAUCAGAACAGAUGAUAAAAAUGUUUUGUUUUGCUCCAGUCUCAAAUGCUUCUUGCUCCAGGAAUUUCCUGCCAUGGCAAAAAUUGAGGCAAAGUAGUAAGAUGAAGUGUAAUUGCAACCCAUCACCCAUCCAUUUUAAUCACUUGCCCAUUUUAAUCAUCAUGGGAUUAGGUGAAGAGUGACAAUCUUUUCAAAUACCUCAGAAACAGAGCAUUUAGGGAACUGUAAAAGGCUAGGGAUGAAUCAUCUAUCCUGAGCUAUUCUGUUUCAUGUCUUGUGUGUGCUUCUGUUCCACGUGAAUAACAAAGGAGAGCAGAUUAGGCUUGUAGGAUUGUCAGGAGCUGACACUGAUGGCAAAAAAUGAGGUUGAUAGAAACAACACAUCUGCAAAUGCAGCUGCUUCUGAGCUGAUUUCAAAGGAAUUCAAAGCUUGUUGGAACAGAGAUCACCUGUUUUUCAGGAAAUCCUGACACUCCAGAUUCUAAAAACAUUCAUUUUUUUGAGAUAUUUGAGAAACUGGGAUGCAGAAGGAAAGGUGUUCACUUUAGAAAUGCUGAAAAAGCCUUGUUUAUGUACUUUCAAUUGUCUUUUAAUUUUCAUUUAAAAUAAUAUGCAAAACAAAAAAUGAUUUAUUACUUUUCAAACAAAUUUUAUAGUAAUUUUGGAUAUAGAUAAUUUUGACAAUAUGAAUAUGUUUCUACAAAAUCACUGAAUUAAAUCAACAUCCUCUGAAAGAAAGAAACCCCAGACUCCGGCCAGCAUUUGAUUGAUUCCUGGAAGAUGCUUUAUUGUGAGUAAGCUAUAACAGUCUGAACUAGACCCAUAAAGGCAUGCAGGGGAAACACGUUAACUUCCUAGAGAAGUCAGUUCCUACAUUGUCAACAUUGACUGAAAUAUGGACCUGCAGAACCAACACUGUUUUCUGAGGUUGUCAUUGCUGAAGGAAGCAGAAUUGCUGAAGAAAUUGGAUGCAUCCCUAGCAGUAGUCAUGAUCGACUUGUGGUACUAAACUGACUCACAAGAAGAAAAAAGGAGCUUUAUCUGUCACCCAGUGAAGGCAGCCAUGAUGUCUUCCAGCUGUGAAAUCCUCUGUCCAUAGAAUAUAAUUAACCUGUAAUUUCUGCCAUUUUCCUUCUCCACGCUCAAACACUAAAGGCUGGAUAGCGGUGAGUACAAGAAAAGGUUAAGCAUGGAUCCUGCUCACCCAGAGGCUGCUAUUGGUAGCAAACUCAAGUGAUCUACCUGCAGCUAACUAGCCAGGGAUAAUGGGCAACUACACCCAGCAAUGAAGUAGAAGUCCACAAAAUGCCAUCGCAAGGACAGACUAGUUUACUCUUACACCACUAAUUCCUGAUUUAGAGUGAAGGGUACGUAAGGAGAAGUAGCUCCAAAACACAGAUUUGACUGUACAGGUGAUCAUCCCUGUUUAGCCUCCCGUUCAUCCUUGUUUCCUCAAAAAGGGAAAAACUUCAGAAAUGGCAUAGCCAUGGCCUUGGGUGCUUAUGGGUGCUGCAUUCUCAGGAGAUGGUUCUUAGAGAUUUUGGAUGCUGGAAUAUCUGGAGAGUGGGACACUAUUUCCAGUUCCAAGCAAAAGCCCUGUGGUUUUAGUCCCCAUUCUUCUACAUGAAUAUAGUGGCUAUAAUAUAGUAAAAUCUUGAACUGGUGGCAUUUUAUAUCUUGUCAGUACAAUGUAAGCAGCUGCAAGAAACAUGUUGAAUAUAUGGUGCAAUUUAUGUUUAAUUGGAAACUUUCAUUUUUUGACCAGCCAUUGUCUCUUUAAAAAUGUAUGUGGUAACAUGCAGUUCUUCAGAACUUGCUGUUCUCUAACUCAAGUAGGAGCACAAAUCUCCUUAUAGGAAGAGAUGUAAAUUUGAAAGGCCCUAAUUUAGUUACAAAUACUUGAAUUGAAUGUUUUCAAAAAUAGGUUUUCUUUUCAUUUUAUAUGUAUUAAUUUAUAGCAUUAACUGUUUGUUCAUUAUGGCUCUGAUCCAGCAGAACACUUAAAUAUGUGUCUGAGUUUAUAUACUUAAGUAAUGCACUUAAACAUAGUGCAUGUGUGUAAGUGCUGGACUGAAUCCCAUCUGCAUUCAAAAAGAAGUUUCUUUACCCAAAGAGUAAUUUCCAUGCUGAGCUUUUUUCCCCAUGGAUUCUGUGCUCAUUGUAACCAGAACAGCAUGAAGUAGCAAUUGAGUAGUCCCCUGUGGCAUUCGUGUGUGGCUGCUUAUGUGUCUGGCAAUGGAGGAAAGCUUUCAUUUCGAAGAGAAUUCAAAAUCAAAAUAUUUUGUGGACACGCUUAAAGAUGCAUUCUAGCUUUUCCGGCUGUUCACUUGGUUUAUGAAUUUCUGGGUGAAAAUCUGUGCAUUUCUUGCGGAGACGUAAGGACAUCUUUCUGAGCUUAAAGCUGAUGAAAUUGCUCAAGUAGUGCUGUAGGUUCAGAUUGUGCCCUUUCGUAGAAUUUGGACCUAGAGGUUCAGAUGACAGAUUUUCAGUGUCCUUCACAAAUGAAGCCGAGUGCUGCCUGCUCUGUGCAACUCCAGACAGCAUGGCUGGGAGAGAGGUCAGGACCUUCUGUACUGUUACCCCCCAAAUGCCUGAAUUAUUGCUGCCUUACUUCAUUUUCUGUGUGUGUAGUACCACAGCUCUUUGUAGUAUUAUAUUGACAUGAAACCGAUGAUAAAUAGGUCCAAUGUGUCUUAAUGCUAUUUUGGAGCCAGAUUCUCAGCCUCAAAAGUCCAGUGAUGAGGACCAGUACCUUGGGUUGGGUGUUAACAAGUUGACUCUUCAGCAAGUGUAUGUGAACAAAGUGGUAUCAGUUAUUUGUUUAGCUUUCAUACUUCGGUUCACUGGUUCCUACUACUGUCUUUGGAGAUCAAAGACAAAAUAUUUCCUGAACAAGUUUUUCUUUUUCUCUUCUCUCAAUAAUGUGUCUUUUAUAACAGCAUAGGAGAUGCUCUGCUGCAUGCUGCAGUGUCUGGGUUUCCCCAGCUGAAGCCAUCCAGCUUAGGUUGCUUUCCAGGAGAGAUUUACUUGGAUUGCAGUCUGAAUCAACAUUGCUUUGGACAGAGUUGAUUUGCCCUUUGUGAUUUUAAGAACAUUUCAGGUUCUUCACAUAAUGGUCUUGAUUUUAUAGACAUUUUUAUUCUUUAGAGGGCUUGCAAGAUGGGCAGUCAACAUCAUGAUGGUACGUUAAUUCUUUGGUAUUGAAUUAGGGCUUUUAUUUUUCUUAUAACAUCUUGCUUUACGAAUAACAAUACAAAAAGGCUACCUGUAAACAUUGUCGCACAGCAGAGAUGUAGAACCUUCAGUGUGGGGACUGGAUAUGGCCAGGGUUCACAUAAAUCGUCUUUAUGCUGAAUAUCACUAAUACAUGUUAUUAUGUGGCCAAAGGUUUGAAAGCCUACCUGAUCCUCAGGGAGGACAUUUACCCUAUCCUUUCCACAGAAUAUAUGUCAUAAAUUAAGGAGGACAUAUAACACUAUCCAUAUCCCAUAGCCAUGACCAUUACAUUAACUGCAGUUAAUAACUGUAGUUUUUAGCAACUCCUCCUUAGUCCUUCAGAUAAGCUAUUUUCUUUUGAUUGAAACAGCCUUUUAAACACAGAUAUAGCUCUUCAAGUUCAAAGUAGCUCAGAACUUUUCUUGGUUUCAGUUGUUGUGAAAUAGGUGUGUAUGUAUUUGGUUCUAUUCUACUCUUAAUAAUUAUUACAUUAUCUGUUGUGUGUACUGUAUUUUCUUAUUUUUUUUCUGUCUCAAAACAAUUAUCACAAUGUUAUCCUGAAAAAACAUUUUAUUCAUGAUAUAGAAUAGGUGAAAAGCUGUGGAAUUCUUGAAGGGCUACAAAAAGCAUCCAAAACGUUGUUCACCUCGAGAAAGGGUGAGACCUGAUAAUCUUUGGACAAAUGACUAAACAACACUCUGGUGCUAAUAGGUACUGAAAUAUUUUAUGAUGUAUUCAGUAUGACUUAAGUGACAUAUUCAAGGCAUGUCAAUGAUGAAACUGCAUGUGCUUUUCUUCUUAAAGUCUGGACUGCUCCAGUGAAGACAGUGUUUGUAAUUCCCGGUGGGCUAGUUCCUACCUAGCUCUUCUGUGGGAAAGAUAUUUCAGGAGGUGGUAUAGGAUUUGGCCCAGCACUAACAGCUAAGGUAAAUGCUAUACAGACCACAGAAAUCUCAUGUAGGAUGCAUUCAUCCUGCUGUAGCAUGUUGCUUUAUUUAGUGGCUUUGCUUAAGCAGAGGCUAAAACCAAAUUCUGUAGUAAUGACAAGAAACACUGGGCUAAAUUCUGGGACCCCUUAACAAAAUGACUUUAGUAAGCAUUUGAAUUAAAUUGAGGAUUCAGAUCUGAAAUAUUAAUGUUUUUCCAUGGAAUACCAGAAAUAAAGGUGUAGAAUAAGAGCAAAUUCUACCUCUAGGAAUGCAAAAAGGCCAAAUCUGCUCAACUUUAAAGUGAGCUGUAGUUUAAAACAGACGUGUUUGGUUUCAAAAUCUUGCAGACUACUUUUUUCCCUUCCGUUUUGAAUUCUGAAAGGUAAUUAUUUUGUGUCCUUGUGCCUGGGGUGCUCAUGUAGAGGCGGCCUCUGCAUCCUAAACAGCACUAAGAGGUACACCUCUGACUGAUUGGUCAGAAAUUUUACCUCUUUAAAAAAUGCCGUAUUUGAAAACAUGGAGGGAAGUUUCAAAACAGCAACAAAAUUACAAAUUUUUUUGAGAUUUCCAUGGUUGGGUGAAGGCUUUCCUUAAAGAAGACCUGCUUUUUUCCCCAGCUGAGCAAACUGGAGUUUUGCCCAUGGUUGCAGUGCAUACCUCUACCAAAUUAUUUAAGCAGAACAGCAUCAGCCUGGGUAGUAUGUUAGGAGUGGGGACACUGCCUGUAACUGUUUAGUUUUUUAAAAACUCAUUAUUAAGCAAAUGUGUAGAGUAUUAAAGAAAUGCAUAGAGUAUGUCUGACCGUAUGAGUGUGUGGGUGCUGUGCUGUGGUAAAAAAGAGACUAAUUGGUUUAUGCGGUUUGUUUUGCCAGCUUUAGGCUCCUGUAUGGGUAUUUUUAAUUGAUAUUUAUUUCUCAGCAGAGCUUAGAAUAAUUUUAAAGCUGUGUAACACAUCAUUUAAUGAAUUCUAUUGUCAGCAUCUGUUGUAAACAUGUGUUUACAAAACAAACUCUUGAAUACUUGAUAUUUGGAAAUAAAAAGUAGCAUAUCAA